UACAAAGCCUUCCUUUCUCCCCCUCCCUCCACUUCCUAUAUAUACGCACGCCUGCCAAAAAAAGAACCCAUCAGAAAUUCAGCAGGCCACAAGCAAGCUCGAGAUCAUCAGAGUCCCAAUUCGCAACACAGAAGAAAGGAAAGAAGAGAAGAUGGCCAUGUCCACCGUGGGCAAGCAAUGGACGCGCGUGCGCACGCUCGGCCGCGGCGCGUCGGGGGCCGAGGUCUUCCUCGCCGCGGACGACGCCUCCGGGGAGCUCUUCGCGGUCAAGUCCGCCGCGGGGGCGGCCUGCGCGGCGGCGCUCAGGAAGGAGCGGUGCGUGAUGGCUACCCUCAGCUCCCCGCGCAUCGUAUCUUGCAUCGGCGGCCGUGGCGCCGGCGACGGCUCUUACCAGCUCUUCCUCGAGUUUGCCCCCGGCGGCUCGCUGGCUGAGCAGGUGGCGAGCAACGGGAGGCUCGACGAGCGCUCCGUCCGUGGCUACGCGCUCGACGUGGCGGCCGGGCUUGCGUACCUGCACGCAGCCGGGAUGGUCCACGGGGACGUCAAGUCGAGGAACGUCGUCAUCGGCGCCGACGGCCGCGCCAAGCUCGCGGAUUUCGGGUGCUCGAGGAAGUCGGGCGCUGACGUGCCAAUCAUCGGCGGCACCCCGGCGUUCAUGGCGCCGGAGGUGGCGCGGGGCGAGGAGCAGGGCCCCGCGGCAGAUGUCUGGGCGCUCGGCUGUAUGGUUGUUGAGAUGGCCACUGGACACGCGCCGUGGAGCGGCAUGGACGGCAACGCGCUCGCGGCGCUGCACCGGAUCGGGUAUACGGAGGCCAUGCCCGAGGUUCCCGAAUGGUUGUCCGCCGACGGGAAGGACUUCUUGGCCAGCUGCCUUGUCAGGCAGGCCAGCGGCCGGUGCACCGCGGCGCAGCUGCUGGAGCACCCGUUCUUGGCCUCCGCCAUCGUCGAGGCGAAGCCGCAAGCCGUGGCGAGCAAGUGGGUGUCGCCAAAGAGCACCCUGGACGCAGCAUUUUGGGAGUCAGAGUCCGACAGUGAGGAGGCGGAGCACGACAGCACGGCCGAGGUGAGGAUCAGGGCAUUGGCCUGCCCUGCGUCGGCGCUCCCGGACUGGGACUCCGACGAGGGAUGGAUCGAUGUGCUCUCCGCGCCAACCGUGGCACCCGAGGCAGCGGCCGACGAGACGACAGACAUGGACGACGAGGCGAUCACAAAUGAAGAACCCAGCGGCGCAGAGCCCGGCGUUCUCGGCAUUAUCGUGGACCAGGAGCGCAGCGGUGUCGUCAGUGCGGUAGAAGGGUACUCUGAUUCAGUCAGGCACAGUCGUAGGCAUCGGUGUUUGGGUGAUUUAGCUUCUCACCAAAUAUUAUCGUGUAAAUCGUGUUUUUGCAACAGAAUCAGCAAUGCAAAAGAUUUCGUUCUUGCACAAGCACUCUGUAGUUUGUUUGUCCGCUCAUGCUUCCACCUCUACCCUCAUUGCGACACGUUCGAUCGGGCGCGGAUGAAAUUGACAUGCUACUUCGCCGGUGCAAACCAGUACCACGUGGCGUGGCCAUGA